AUGCAUCUUGUGUCAAUAUUUACUUUUGUUGCGAUCCUUUAUUUGGUACCAUCAUCUAGAGCCGCUUGUGAUGUAAAAGGUGGUGGUGUUACCGAGGAUGAGAAAAAUCAAAUUCUAAAACUACACAAUGACUUUAGGAAAAAAAUUGCCAAUGGUCAAGUAAAAGACCAACCCAGAGGUAUCAACUUGAAAAGAGUCUCUUGGAAUGCUUGUUUGGGAUCUGAAGCUGAUUCAGCUGCACAGCAAUGUGAACCCGAACAAAGGAAAAUAAGUUGCAAUGCAUUUUCUAAACCUGGGCAACUAUACUAUACUUCUGAAGCUAGUUCAGAAAGUGACAAUAAAGCCGAUUGGAGUGAGGCAAUCAACUCUUGGAUAAGUGAAAUGAGCAAUUAUACAUACGGAAAAUAUAACAAAAAAACUAUGGAUUAUGUUCAGAUUGUAUGGGCUCCUCUAAAAGAUAUAGGCUGUAGUUAUGUAUUCUACCAACAAUCCGGAAAAUAUCAUAAAAUAUACGCUUGCAACUAUGGACAAGGGGCUGAAAAAGGUGGAAAACCAUACGCAACUGGAGACAGUGGGUGCGAAGAUUUAUGUUAG